GCUCUCCGCGCGACCUUAGCCAUUGCAUUUCACAGAUUGAGCAAUACAGAAAGUGAAAAAAGAAAUUUAGCAACAAAGCUUCAGUGACAUAUGAGAAGUAGGAUUUUAGGGUGGAGGUGAAAAUGAAUCCCAAAUCCAUUCCAUUUUCUGCAGCUGGUUCAGGGCUCAUUCGAGGGGGAUUGGGUGCUUAUGGAGAGAAAAUUUUUGGGUCAGGCUCUGAGUAUGUACAAAGCAAUAUAAGCAAGUGCUUCUCUUACCCUCAAUAUUACUUCCAAGUGAAUGGCCAUUAUGUCAGGAACAAAUUGAAGAUUGUUCUUCUUCCUUUUCUAAACAGGGGUCACUGGACAAGAAUAACUGAGCCAGUUGGAGGCAGGCUAUCCUAUAAACCUCCAAUUAAUGACAUAAAUGCUCCAGAUUUAUACAUUCCUUGCAUGGCAUUUGCUACCUACUUGGUUCUUUCUGGCAUCUCAUUGGGCCUUUCUGGGAAGUUUUCACCAGAGGCCUUAAAUUGGCAGUUUGUUAAGGGAAUGAUAGGCUGGUUUUCCGAAGUGAUGCUGCUGAAAGUUUCAAUUCUUUCACAUUUUAAAUUUUAA